AUGGCUCCCUUUCACCUCUUCACCAAAGUCUUUGACACGGAUCUCCCAGCUGCCGCAUUUUCCAUGCAAUGGCAGAGCCCGGGAGAUGUUUUUUCUGUGCUUCUCCUCCUCGGCGGUGAGGUCAUUAGCCGCGCCCUUGCACAAGUGGCCGGCACCGAAUCCCUUGUCGCGCCUGUCGCUUUCUCCUUUGGUUGGGUCGCCUUCUCUGUGACUGCCCUCCUCUCCGCCGUCGGCGAGAACAAGCUGAUGCCAGCGCCCGACAUCUCAUGCCGUGUCAUCAACGGCCGGAGCGGAUACGCCCGCGACAACUCCUCUUGGCUGAUCGGCCGCCUGGUACGCGACUUCGAGUAUUGGAUGCCCGCCCAAACCAAGAACCACCUGCAAUCCAUGCUGGACCAGCGCUGGGAAGCAGACAAAGCCUCCGCUGCGCGCAAGCAGCUGCAGCAGCAGCAGGACGAGGACAAGCAGCCCCCGAACUCGCACCUCUCCUCCACAAAGAUGCUCGACUCCACCGCCGCCACCACCACGACCACCCCCCGCCCGACCCGCACCUCCCUCUGCGUCACCGUCCUCGCCGCCGCCGCCGACCGCCCGGCCCACCCCGCGCCGGUCACCCACGACCUCGCGCACCUAAUCGGCCUCGCGACGCUGCUCGUCCAGCUGUGCGUGGCGUCCAUCCCGGCGGCCGUCUGGGGCGACUGGGCGGUGCUGGCGGUGACGGGCGCGGGCGCGGCGCUGGCGGCGGCGACGGCGGCGCUGCCGCAGUGGCGGCGCGAGCGGUGGGGGUGCUGCCGCCGCCGCAGCGACAAGGCGGUCGUGCUGACGCGCGGCAACGGCGCGCAGCACGCGCUCGUGGUGCUGGGCGAGGGCCGCGGGCUGGAUCUCGAGGACCUCGCCGCGGCGGCGGCGGCGGGGGCGGGGGCGGGGCAGAUGCAUGGCGGUGGUUUGGGUGAGGCGAGUCGCACUGGGACGGUGGGGGCGGUUGGGGUGCUGUGCGCGUUGUGGGUGGGGUUGUUGGUGUCGGCGGCGGGGUUGAGGGCGCAUUCGUGGUUUUUGGUGGUGGUGGGUGGGAUUGGGAUGGUGCAGAAUGUUUAUGUGGCGGGGGCGAGGCGCGGGCCUGAGGCGGCGGGCGUGCCGUUGGAGUUUAGGGAGGUGGUGGGGGAGGCGAAGGUGUUUGAUACGUUGUUGGAGGUUGAGCGGAGGUAUCCGCGGGUGGGGAAGAGCAUGCUGGAUACGUUCUUCCCGGGUGGGCAUCUGACGAGGGAGGAGAGGGCGAGGUGGAGUGAGGUGGAAGCCGAGGUAGAGCGUGGGUGA